AACCCGCGCCGAAGCCUGUGCCGUGCAUUUCACCCAGCGGUAGACUAACAGGCACUUUUUUCUGCAAGCAGUAAGAAAAAAUAACAUGGCGAUUCCCAAGCUAUUAUGGCUACUCUUGGCGUUGCAAAUAAUCCAUUCCUCUUCAGCAAUCGAUCUUCAUCCUACGGAUGUCUUCAUUCUAGCAGGCCAAAGCAAUAUGGCCGGCAGAGGCGGUGUCGAUAAACGCAAAUGGAAUGGCUUUAUUCUGCCGGAGUGUAGGCCUAAUCCAUCAAUCCUCAGGUUAAAUGCUCAAUUCAAAUGGGAACUGGCGCGCGACCCUCUCCAUGCAGACAUCGAUGUAGGCAAAACGUGUGGGGUUGGUCCAGGGAUGGCAUUUGCUAAUGGGAUCAAAGCCAAUGAGUCGAGGAUUGGUGUGGUGGGUCUGGUUCCUUGUGCCGUUGGUGGAACUAAAAUCAGUAAGUGGGCUCAAGGAACGAGGCUGUACAACCAGUUGGUGAGUCGAGCUAACGAGUCAGUGAGAUAUGGUGGAAGAAUUAGAGCGAUUUUGUGGUAUCAGGGAGAGAGUGAUACGGUGUGGAGAAAAGAUGCUGAGGCUUACAAGGGGAAAAUGGAAGGGCUUAUUGGGAGUUUGCGUCGUGAUCUUAAUAUUCCAAAUAUUCCUGUAAUCCAGGUGGCGCUUGCUUCAGGAGAAGGAAGAUACACAGAGCUGGUGAGAAGAGGUCAGCUAGCAAUCAAGCUGCCGAAUGUGGAAUUCGUUGAUGCCAAGGGAUUGUCGCUAAAAGCAGAUAAACUGCACCUCGCCACCACGUCUGAGGUUCAUCUUGGUCUCAAAUUGGCUGAUGCCUUCAUUACUUCUUUCGGCCAUAUGCUCUCUAAUUAAAUGAUAAUGAGAUACCAUGUUCCUGGGCUCCAAAUUUAACAUUUUUAGGAUUAAGAAAUUUUAAUUAGUUAAAGUAUUUUAUUAUUUAAU